UAAGCAUCGAAUUUUGUUGCUCUCUUCUCUAGUGCUCGCUCCACUCACUUUUGUGUUAGUUGUUAAAGUAAAAUCACGAUAACCUCUAACAACUGAGAACUGAAAAUGAAAGAAGAAAAACCCCCGUAAAAACGGGGGUUAGGUUUGGUAAAGUACGAACUGAAAAUGAUGAUGGGAGAUAUCAUAUAAUUGUUUGAAUUCUAUGAUUCUCUAAUUUCAUUGAUUGAUACUGUUGGUGGUGCAGGAAGUCAUUCUAAUGUCUGUGUUGUUGUUGUUUAAUAGGUGCACUUAUAGUGUUUGUGAAAAUGCCUCAACUAGGUUAAUUCUUUGAUUGAAAAUUUAUUCUAAAUUCUUACUUUGAUAAAUAAUUACAGAUAUAAUUGUAUCGAUUUUUGUUAGUUAGAAUGAUGAGAGUUUUGUUGAAGACAAUUGCUUUGUCUUUCAUGUUUAUGUUUAAACCUUCUUCCUGCAACUUUAUAGUUCUUAUUUUCCGGCACUGUCUAAAACUAGAAGAAUCCAGCUUUUCUAUGAAGCAUAGCUAUGGGUAUGGUACAUGUAUGAUAUCACAGUUAAAAAUAAUCAAGGUAUGGAUACAUCAACUAAAAAAUAUCAUGAGAGAGUUAAAUUAUUCAAUUCACAAUAAAAACAUCACAAUAUAAAAGUGUAAAAGUAAAAAACUGUGUUUGGUUUACAACGACAAAGAAACUCAAAUACACGUAUAAUAUUUUAUUAUGCAUACAUGAGAAAUCCACAAAUUUCACCCUCAAAGGAAGAAUGAGGACAACGGAGUACCGGACAAGUACUAGAUUUUGCUAUUCAGGAGAGUUCCGAAACCGAUAGCCUUGCGCAGAAGCUGACAGUUCUGUUUAGUUAUCUCCAGAGCGGGCCUAAGCAUUUCAAUGGAAGCACAACAGGGCCAGAGUUUGACUCUUGAGGAGUGCUUGAAAUUACUGAAAGGAGAGCGAGAUGAGCAGCGUCUUGCUGGGCUUCUUCUGGUCACAAAGUUUUGUAAAGCUGACGAUCACUCCUCACUACGCAGGGUUUAUGAGGCUGUUGGUUCUCUCUUUCUUGAUCGGCUACUCAGAACUGGUAUGGGAAAAGGAACCAUAUCCAGUAGCGGGGACAACAACCGGGAUGCAUAUUUGAACCUGUCGAUUGCAGUUCUUGCUGCCCUUUGUCGUGUUCCAGAGAUUGCAUCCUCUGAAGACAUGAUUUCCAAGAUCCCAAUGAUAUUGGAAGUAAUUUCCACCCAAUCUUGCUCAUCUGUUCUUGAAGAAUGCUGUGAAUUUUUAUACUUAGUAUCAACUGCUUCAGAAAAUGGAAUCAUGAGAUUUUAUGAAUCUAGAGGCAUCAAGGUACUAGCUUCUCAGUUGCCUUCUCUGCAAGAUGGUUCACAUCUGGUGGAAAUAUCUAUUAAACUUUUGCAAUUGAUUCUGAGCAAAAUAUCAUUAGACACAAUCCGGAAUGAGUACUUAUCUGAGCUCUCAGUUAUUGUGGCUGCAAUAGCAAAGCAGUUCGCUAUCUUGCAUAAUUCCUUGAAAUUUGAAGCUCUCCACCUCCUUAAUUCCAUUCUUUCUUCAACAGAUUCGUCACAACUUCUUAAAACUCUCCAAUUACGGCCUCAAGAUAGCUGGUCACACAAUAUCCGUGUUGGUAUCAUGGCCAUUUUGCAGAAUCGUGUUGCAACUGCUGAAAGGCUUCAGGCUCUCAUUUUAGCUGAGUCUAUGGUUUCCAUAUUUGGAGAAGAUUGGCUGAUUAGCCAAGUAAGCACUAACAAGACACAAGAUCCAACUCCAGCUGACAUGUGUUUGUUGCUUGUCUUGGAGCAAUCGAGGGUUGAAAUUGCUGUUCUUUUGAAUGAGCUGGCCUAUUUAAAAUAUGAAGCACCUCAAGAUACCUUAGCUACUGUUGAGGCAUAUUCUCUUAAGCAACGAAACGUGGCUGUUGCCUAUUCUUUGGUUGAGAAGAUAAUAAAACUCAUUUCAAAUGUUGGUGAAAAUGAAGGGGCCCUUCUCGAUGAAGGCACAUUAACAAAGCUGAUACUACAACUUAAUGAGACAAUUGGUGUUGUGCUAGAGUAUUUAGAAGAUGCAAAGGAACAUGGUCAAAGGAAAGGGGAUGAUUUACUUGCUUCAGUGCGAAUCAUUGGAAGCUAUCUUGCAGAAGCACCGGUUGCAUGCAAGGAAAAAGUUCAAGAUCUUUUAGGGUAUAUGCUUUCAAUCGAAGGCGCAGAUGAACAAAGGCCCUUUCACUCUGUGUGCUUUCUGCUACCUAUGUUGUGUCAAAUUACUAUGAAGGUUGAAGGAUGCAAAGCUCUGGCUUCGUGUGGAGGGCUUAAGGCUGUUUUAGACUGCUUCAGUAAAUUAAUUGGGUCAAAUGUUUAUUUGGUUGAGGAUGAUGGCCGUGUCUUCUUGGCAUGUGAUACAAUAAUGAACCUUCUACUGAAGAAAAACAAAGUGCAGUUUAUGUUAGAUGAAUCGGCUUUUGUUGAUCUUCUUAAAGCAUUGGCUUAUUGGUCAGAAAACACUGAUGACAUGUCAAGUAAGAUGAUGGCUUCGAGCAUUUGUGCACUCAUAUUUGAUUAUACAUCAGAAGAGGCUCUUUUAAACAACCCUGAUUUCAAUCAUGGAACUCUUCGAAGUCUUUAUCAGCUCAUUGCAAGAUGUCUGGCUUCAUCAGAGCAGGAUACUAACACGGAUAUGGAUCUAUCUGAAAUUAUCUCUGCUGGUUUCUCUCGAUGGGCUCAUCGGUACCCCCACAUCAGAGAGGCAAUCAAAAUGUGAUUUUGAUUUCCCUAAUGUGUAUUAGUUGUAUGUGGAUGCAUUAACUUUCAAUAACAUUAAUUAGUGUAUUUGUGUUGAGUAUUUAUUCAGUUAGGAGGUUAGAGUUUGUUGAUAUUUCUUUAGUUGGUUAGUUCUCAAUGAGCUCUAUAUUUUGAGCACACUAUACAUUUUACAAAUCUUUUAAUAUGAUUAUUUAUUUAUGUA